UCAGUGCGUGUCUCAGCAGCCCACUUUGACAGGUGCUCCUCACCCCCUUUGGAGGACUGUCAACAGCAAGAGGAUGGCAUCAGAGCUGGCAAUGAGCAACUCCGACCUGCCCACCAGUCCCCUGGCCAUGGAAUAUGUUAAUGACUUCGAUCUGAUGAAGUUUGAAGUGAAAAAGGAGCCGGUGGAGCCCGAUCGCAGCAUCAGCCAGUGCAGCCGCCUGAUCGCCGGGGGAUCCCUAUCUUCCACCCCGAUGAGCACGCCUUGCAGCUCAGUUCCCCCCUCUCCAAGCUUCUCGGCGCCCAGUCCGGGAUCGGGGAGCGAACAGAAGGCGCACUUGGAGGAUUUCUACUGGAUGACCGGGUACCAACAGCAGUUGAACCCCGAGGCUCUGGGCUUUAGCCCGGAGGACGCAGUAGAGGCGCUGAUCAGCAGUAGUCACCAGCUCCAGACCUUCGAUGGCUAUGCCAGAGGGCAGCAGUUCGGUGGCGCAGCCGGGGCAGGAGGCGCUAUGGCCGGAGAGGAGAUGGGAUCAGCGGCCGCCGUGGUGUCCGCGGUUAUCGCUGCAGCCGCAGCUCAGAACGGGGGUCCCCACCACCACCACCACCAUCACCACCACCACCACGCAGGGGGACACCACCCCUCCUCCGGGUCUCAGUCCAGCGGCAGCUCGGGGGGAAACCACCAGCAUAUGCGCUUGGAUGAGCGGUUCUCGGACGAGCAGCUGGUGACCAUGUCGGUGCGGGAGUUGAACCGGCAGCUCCGGGGGGUCAGCAAGGAAGAGGUGAUCCGUCUGAAACAGAAGAGGAGGACGCUAAAGAACAGAGGCUAUGCCCAGUCCUGCCGGUACAAGCGGGUCCAGCAGCGGCACGUCCUGGAGGGAGAGAAGACCCAGCUGAUUCAGCAGGUGGACCACCUCAAGCAGGAGAUCUCCAGGCUGGCCAGGGAGAGGGACGCCUACAAGGAGAAAUACGAGAAGCUCAUCAGCACCGGCUUCAGAGAAAACGGAGGAUCCAGCAGCGACAACAACCCCUCAUCUCCGGAGUUUUUCAUGACGUCAAGAAAAUUCCUCCAUCUGUGAUAGUGAGCUGUGACCUCUCCCCCCCUCAACCCUGGAGCCUGAGAUAUCAUGACACUGGAAUGCUGAUGUUUCAAGAGCAACCCACGGCACCCAGACUGCCAUAAAGCACAAUGUCUCAAAAGUG